GGGAGACCAGAUAUAGUGAAUGCAGGGUCCGGGGAGACCAGAUAUAGUGAUCGCAGGGGUCCGGGGAGACCGGAUAUAGUGAAUGCAGGGUCCGGGGAGACCGGAUACAGUGAAUGCAGGGUCCGGGGAGACCGGAUAUAGUGAAUGCAGGGUCCGGGGAGACCGGAUACAGUGAAUGCAGGGUCCAGGGGGAGACCGGAUAUAGUGAAUGCAGGGUCCGGGGAGACCGGAUACAGUGAAUGCAGGGUCCGGGGAGACCGGAUAU